AUUUAUUUUAUUUCAGCUAUACAAAGCCAUGAAAUGGACUUGGUUUACAAUAUACCUUAAACACACUCAUACCAACUUUUUUAACUUAACGCGUGACACUGUUAAUUCCUUAUUCCGUACUUUUUAAUUUCCUCUAGAAAAACCAUUCCUUAAACCCAACACGCCUAAACCUAUUAUUUGCACGUCAAACUCACAACCUAAACUCAGAAAUACUUGACUUAGUCCACUUCGGCAGUAUCAAGCCAAGAAACGGACAUUAUUCACCUAUACACACACACAUACCUUCUUACCGCUACGCGCAACAACUAAUAUUCUCUAUAUUUCUUUUAUUUUUUUUAUUUCUAAAUUUUUUCCAAAUCUUCUUUAGACUCAUAUCUCGCUUUGUUUCUAAAAUAACCUUCCUUACAUCCUAAAACUUAUAAAACUUGAAUUCUAAAUCAAUGCAUAUUCUCUAUAUACUUUAUAAUCAAAAACCUAAUUCUCUCUUUUUCUUUAUCCCUACCUUUACCUUAAUAUUACAACUAUUUCCUGUUUUUUAACCACAUCUUAAUAUAUUAAUAAUUCUUUACCUUUACCUUCAAAUAUUAACGCAACUCUCUCAUCUUACAAUACAUAUAAUAAAAUUGACUAAUAACAAAACUCUUGCUACCUAACUAAUGCUAUCCUAUGUCCCCAGCCCUUCCAAACUCAUCACACCUCCCUAUAUGCCCUUACCUCCUCUUUUUUUCUUCCAAUAUAUUAUCUUCCUAAUCUUCCUGAUCUUUUAAAUUCAUUUAACUCGAAUAACUUCUGUGCUCCAUUCCUCUUCCUUAUUUGCCAAAAUCCUCGACACUGAGAAAUCCUCUCAUUCGCUCCUAGUAAAUUGCCUCCCAGUUCUUCUUCUCUGGUUUCCACCGAAGCAACAUAUAUUUCCUCCUCGCACGUUCGUUCUCUAGUUAUCUUCCCAUGCCUCCUAUCUACCGUUGCAUAAUUAAUAUAUCUGGAUUCGCCUCCGUGCCAUCUAAAGAUUCUAAUAUUUCCAGAAAACUGCUGCGUUUUUUUAAACUGUAACAUUCAUAUCCUCCUAUUUUUUCUCCUUCCGCAUUUCCUUCUUCUUCUUCCUUUCCUUAUCUCACCAAGCCUUGCGUGUCCUCUUACCUCUUUUUCCUAUUUCCACCUUCUUUUACUUUUCUUUCUUACAACGCAGACAAGUUUCGCCAAUCCUUGUUCCAGGAAUACGCCAAUAGCUUUUCUAUACCUUUCUUCUUUUCAUCUCAUCUCUUCUUCAUCGUUGGCUUAAUCUUUCCUCAGCUAUGCUUAUCUUCUUUUACUUUCCAUUUCCUAGAACACCUCUAGGCUCGCCCAUCCUUGUGUCCUUUAUUUCACCUUUCUUCUUUCCAUCUCCAUUGACCCGGAACUCUAGAGAUUUUCGAUUGCUUUUUCUUCUUCCUUCUUCGAUAAUCCUCUUCACAUUUAAUCCUCCCUUGUUUCGUAUAGCCUCUUCUAUAACAGCGCUUCUUUCACCUACCUCUUGUCCUCUCCUCUGUUUUCUAUCCUUUACCUCUUUUUCCUCUUCUUAUUCUUGAUCCUAUAUUUCCUAGUCUAAAAUUUGUCCCAAUCUAAGAUUUACAUGUGUUCUGAGUUAAACCUGUCAUCUUUUCAACUAUCUUCUUAACCUAUACUUAAUUUACGGCCGAAGGCGGAGUUGCGUGAUGGCCGCCGCGCCGUAGCGAACACAUGCGUUUUAACCUAGCUAGAGACCGCGAAAGUUUAAUUAAUUUCGGGGGGUUUUUUAGCGGAUACGGAUAGUAGAUUAGGGGUUUUCGAGGGGCUUAUACGACUCUUAGGAUAGCCAAGUCAAAGGGGGAAAAGAAAAUUUCCCCCCGUGAAGGGGGGAAUAAAGUCAAGCACAAAUUCGGGAGAAUUGACGAUAUACGAAAAGCGAGGGAACGACUUUCGAUAAGUGAUACAAAGAAAUCAGCAAUGGAUGUCGUAGCGAACGAGUUAGUUAGCGAGAGGAAAAGAGCCGCAGAAGACGGUUCAAACGAAAAUAGAGAAGAGGAUACACAGGGACUCUCACAGAAGGAUGGAGAAUGGCAGACGGUAGGACAAAAAAAGAUGGCGAAGGAUAAGCGCGCCAAAAUUCUAUAAGAAAUGUCUACUAUGAAGAUGGACAACAGGGAAGAAAGGAACAGCCAAUCAGGUAACGAUGACGUCAGCACGGAAGAUUCAACGCACGAAUCAGGAAACACUACCACGGAAGAUUGCAGGUAUGCAUCAGCGAAUGAGAUGGAGAUAGAUAUGGAGGUGAUGCAACACGCGAAUACCACGUGUAACGUGUUGAAUCGAAUUCGGGUGUGAAAAUUAAACAAAAUACGGGUAUGGAGGAAAAUAGCAAAGCCAUGGAGAGGACGGCACGAGAGGAAUAUAUGAAUCGUGCAGGCGUACUAGAAAGAAUCAGUGAAUUGGACGCGUCUGAACUGGCAAACCAGAAGCAGGUUAAAUUCAAAGAAGGGACCAAUAUUACAUAUAGAUUAGUACUUAAACUGAAUAAAGAUAGAGUACAGACAAAAAAAGAAGGAAUCAAUAACCUUACAGAGGAGACAGGAUUAUCGGCAGAAAUCGACCAAAGGGGAUCGAAAUUUGUCGGGGUGAUCACCGACUGGGGAGAUAGCAUUUCAGAUUUAUGGGAUUCAAUGGAUGACCACGAUGAUGUUCUAAAAAUCGGAAGGAUGUAUAGGAAAAAGUGGGAUAAAGAAAAGAAGAUUCUGACGAAAGAGGAUACAGGAAAUCUAAUAAUCACAUUUAUGGGUGAUAAAGUCCGGAAAAGUCUUGAUCUAUUUGGACGUAGAACAGCAAUAAAAGUUAGACCGUUCAUAGCAUCGGUCAAACAAUGUUUUAAGUGUUUUAGAUUCGGCCACAUAAAAGCUCUGUGCAAGAGUGAAGAGAGAUGCAUAAUAUGUGGAGAUCUGGCACAUGGAAACUGCACGAGAGAUACAAAAUGCAGAAAUUGCGGAGGCAACCACAGAUCUACAUGGAGAAUGUGCAGAGAAUACGAGAAAAAAAAAAAUAUAAAUCUUGCAAUGGGACUUAAUAAUGUAUCUCGUAGGGAAGCAGAAAGAAUACUGGCUGGGAAAGAACAAGACAAAGCACAAGAACAAACAUAUGAUAGAUAUGAAACACCGGCUCAAUGGCCAAAACUUUCUCAACCAAGAAAAGAGAUGGAAGGAAGAUGGGAAGAAUCACAGACAUCUAGAAAACUAAUAACAUAUGAAGAAGAUAGGGAGGAUAGAUACAGGAAGAAAACUAAUACAUAUAAAGACAAGUUAGCGACACAGAAGAAUAAACAAGAAAAUUACUAUAAACAAUUCGACAACAGAAGAGAAGAAAUUACAAAGGAUAAAAGAGGAAUAGCCCUAAAACAAGUGAAAAAACAACCAGGAUGGGAUAAAGAAACAUCAGAGGAAGAAUCGGACAAUAAUACUCCAGAGGAAGAAAGACAAGGCCAGAGGGAAGAAGAAGUAAAUAUUCCAGUAGGCCUGAACAGAGAUCGAGAUAUCAUUACAAGUCUAGCAGCGAAAUUAAUAUAUUAUACUAAUCAAGACUGGGAAUUUAGAAGAAUUAUACAGGAAAUGAUCCAAGGAUCAGAAAAAAAGGAAAUAAGAAAUCAGGGAGAUAAAUAUAAGAUCAAACAAGACAUAUUACAAAAGAAAAAAGAAUUAGAACUAGAGGAAAAAAUUAGAAAACAAAGAAUGAUAGUUAGCGAUAUGAAAAGAGAUUUCAGAAGAGAUCAAGAGCAACAGAUAGCGCGUGUAAGAGUUCGAUCGGACUCUUUACAGCGCUAACAAGAUUUUGGUAA